AUGUGGGAUGCUAAUACCGCAUACUCAGUGGUAUACCCUUUGCUUAUCGCCGCGUCGUCACAGCGAGCGCUAGGACAAUCGGAAUGCGGCACGAUCGCUGAUGUCGAUCUUGGUUGGCACGCACCGAACGCAACCGAAGUCAACGAUCUCACCAAUGUGCUGAACGGAACAGGGGUAUAUGGCUUCGUGUAUAACGCCACAACUCCCUCUGACGUGCCGUAUUCGACAUACAAUUGGUGCAACAUGCCGCAUGUUCGAACUUCGGAAUACCAGCCUGCACCGUCCGACUACAAGCUCGAGUACGUUGAAGUCAUUCACCGCCACCACAAGCGGACGCCGUACGCUCACAACACUUUCCCACGCGAAGGCUAUCCGUGGUACUGCGAUGACGAAGCACUCGCGUAUUAUGGUAUCCCCAUUCCCGAAGGCAAUGCUGCGCAGGUAGCCUGGUCUGUCUACACGACAGACGUCAACCCGUUCGCUCCCGCAGGUUUCAACGGGACUUGCCAGUUCCCUCAAAUCAGUGGUCAAGGUCUUUAUGACAGUCGACAACACGGAGUUGAUCUCUAUGGUGUCUACCAUGACCAACUACAGUUCUUGCCCUCCUCCUUUGAUACCAACAAAGUCAAAUUCAGAGUUACCAACAACGUCAUCACCUCCCAGGUCGCAGGUCAAUUGAUUCUAGGCAUGUACCCGGAUGCCGAGAAUGUCUCCGUCACCGUCUUGAUCCAGCCGGACGGAGUCGACAGCCUCGAGCCAAGUUACUCGUGCGCCUCAUCGGACACAAUACGUGAGACCUACGGCGUGGGCAGCAAUUUCUCAAAUUGGACCGACCACUUAACAGCACCAGAGACUGUCUCAUUGUUCGAACGGCUCGAGGUUGUCUCCAACGUCAACAGCUCUGCCGAUGCCGACGAUUGGUACAGCUGGUUCGAUCACUAUUUUGACAACUUGUCUGCACGUCUUUGCCAUCAGAAGCCGCUGCCUUGCACUGCUGACAACGAAACUUGCGUAUCAGAGGAGGACGCCGAGGCUGUGUUCCGACGUGGCCAAUACGAAUAUUCGUUCAUCUAUCGCGACUCUCCAUCCUCUUUGGCGUCGUCGACUUCAUCUUAUGGUGUCUGGCUUGCCGAACUUGCUUCAAACCUUCGAGCCGUGGCGAGUGGCGACAGCGAGGUUCUUUACCGCCACAAUGUCGCCCAUGACGGUUCGACGUCCAGGCUGCUAUCUAUCUUGCAAGUUGACCAAAUGGUUUGGCCAGGUAUGGGAGCUGAAGUGGCCUUCGAAUUGUUCAGUCGUGAUCAGUGCUGGUACAUCCGCAUUCUGUGGAAAGGUCAAGUGAUGAGAAGCUCAAACCCGAGCUUGGGUCUGCUUGAUUUGAUCAGUCUCGAUACGCUGUUGGCAUAUAUAGAUGGACUGGUAGGUGAGAACGCACAGAAAAUUCCGGGUCUUUGCGAGCAAAGCUCCGAUGACGAAUAG